UUAAUAUAUAAUACGAAACUUCGAAUUCAAUAUGCAGAUAUUUAUAAACUUGUGUUUAAAAUCAAAUGUGUUUAAUUUUUUCUUGAUUAUUAUUUGACAAGCAAAAGGCAAUCGGGGGCUUUCAAAUCAUAUAAAACAAAUUCAGAAUCUGUCUAAUAAGUUAAAAGUCAAUAUUCGUUUCAGAAUUGUAUCACGCAGGUUGCCGACUCUUUGUCGUUAGAGAUUAAACUCUAAAACAUAUGUGCAAAUAUUUAACUGGGUAUAACAUAAGCGCUUUUUCUUUUGUAGAAAGCUAUAAAACGCCAUAGAACGUAAAUAAAAAUGUUAGUCUGCAUUCCAACCAAACAUGAAGGCCCACGUUUUAUUUGCUAUUUUUUCGGUGGUUCUAAUGGCUAUAUCAUAUGCCAACGCCGCAACUACUACCACCACUGAAGCACCCCAAUCAACGACAGAAUCUCCGUCAUAUCCACAAUGGUCAUGGACAGACUUCAUUAAGUUUUGCAACGGCAGCAGUAGUGGAAACAAAUUCUACUUUUUCUUUUAAAAAUCUGCUUAAUUAAAAUUGAUUUUAAAACUUAUUAAAAAUGUCGAUUGGUUCCUUUGUUUAACUUUGUUGGUAUUUCUUAAAAUAUACAUUUUUUUACAUUUAUGUAAGCCCGUUAAAAUUUCUAGCCUUAUAGUUGGAUUUAAAACUAAAGGAUUUAAAGUAAAGAAAAUUGUUGUACAACCGAAAUAAAGAGUAGCAAUACCGAAAAAAAACUGUG